UGGAGGUGAUCAUAUGGCGGCACUACUGAGGUGUUAAAGGAAGUCCUGCUUGUUUUAAUGGCGACUAUCAACUAGUCUGGGGUGUCUUUCAUCUUCCUUUCAACUGUCCUCCAUAGAUUCUCUGUGAGGCUCAGGUCAGGAAAGUUGAUUCUCUGUUCAAUCACGGCCAUUAAAGCAGGUACCGGUACUUCUGGCAUUUUGGGCUGGUGCCAAGUCAAAAUAUCCGGUUCUUCAUAAAGCUUGUCAGCAGAGGGAAACAUGGAGUCCUCUAAAAGAUCCUAAACACAGUGAACCAACACCAGCAGAUGGCAUGGCUCCUCAGAUCAUCACUGUGCUUGGAACCUCUACAUUAAUAUGCUUGGAUUUACUCUGAAAAACCAGCCUGUGACUGUCAGCUGGACAACAGUCUUCCCUAGAACUCUGUAGGCCACAACAUGACAUUUCUGCAUCAAAAAUCCUUCUAUUAGGCUUGUGUCAUUAGCUGCUAGCCGAUCAAUGCUUGAAUACAUAAUUGAAUACAAAUAUAAUCGCUUUUUGAACUGAACUACCUGAGCAAAUUCACUUUUAUCAAAUUGCACGUAUAUUUACCAGCUCAUACAAAAUUUUGAGUAUGCAUCAUAUGUACAAAAUACUUCAUUUCCCUCUUGUGUGAUUCAUCGCUUUACUGUUCUGACCCACUUAACUCCAGCUCUAGCAGACUAGUGACUUCUGCCCAACCGAGGUCAUCAUGGGAAAGGAGAAGCUCCACAUCAACAUCGUGGUGAUCGGCCAUGUGGACUCUGGCAAGUCCACCACCACAGGACACCUUAUCUACAAGUGUGGUGGCAUUGACAAGAGAACCAUUGAGAAGUUUGAGAAGGAAGCUGCUGAGAUGGGAAAGGGUUCAUUCAAGUACGCCUGGGUGCUUGACAAGCUGAAGGCAGAGAGGGAGCGAGGAAUUACCAUCGACAUCUCGCUGUGGAAGUUUGAGACCAGCAAGUACUACGUUACCAUCAUAGAUGCUCCAGGCCACAGGGAUUUCAUCAAGAACAUGAUCACCGGCACCUCCCAGGCCGACUGCGCAGUGCUGAUCGUAGCAGCCGGCGUGGGAGAGUUCGAGGCCGGCAUUUCCAAGAAUGGACAAACCCGGGAGCACGCUCUCCUGGCGUACACGCUCGGAGUGAAGCAGCUGAUUGUGGGCAUCAACAAGAUGGACUCCACCGAGCCGAACUACAGCCAGAAGCGUUACGAGGAGAUUGUGAAGGAAGUGAGCACCUACAUCAAGAAGAUUGGCUACAACCCCGACACCGUCGCCUUUGUGCCCAUCUCGGGUUGGAACGGGGACAACAUGCUCGAGCCGAGCCCAAAUAUGACAUGGUUUAAGGGGUGGAAGAUCACCAGGAAGGAUGGCAGUGCAUCAGGGACCACUCUGCUGGAGGCUCUGGACGCUAUUCAGCCCCCGACCCGUCCAACGGACAAACCUCUACGUCUUCCCUUGCAGGACGUCUACAAAAUCGGAGGAAUUGGGACCGUGCCUGUGGGUCGAGUGGAAACGGGUAUACUGAAGCCAGGCAUGGUUGUGACGUUUGCCCCCGUUAACGUCACCACCGAGGUGAAGUCCGUGGAGAUGCACCACGAGGCGCUGACGGAGGCCCUGCCAGGCGACAACGUAGGCUUCAACGUCAAGAACGUGUCGGUGAAGGACAUCCGUCGCGGCAACGUGGCCGGGGACAGCAAGAACGACCCUCCGCAGGAAGCUGCCAACUUCACCGCUCAGGUGAUCAUCCUCAACCACCCGGGCCAGAUCAGUGCCGGUUACGCUCCUGUGCUGGACUGCCACACGGCUCACAUUGCCUGCAAGUUUGCAGAGCUGAAGGAGAAAAUUGACCGCCGCUCUGGCAAGAAGCUGGAGGACAACCCUAAAUUUCUCAAGUCUGGAGACGCAGCCAUCGUCGACAUGAUUCCUGGCAAGCCGAUGUGCGUUGAGAGCUUCUCUGAGUAUCCUCCACUGGGUCGCUUUGCGGUGCGAGACAUGCGUCAGACUGUGGCCGUGGGAGUGAUCAAGGGGGUGGAGAAGAAACUGUCUACCACUGGCAAAAUCACCAAGUCAGCCCAGAAGGCCCAGAGGACCAAAUGAAUGUUGUGCUGCUCUGCCGACCACAAGGUCUCCCAAGGCAGGACAUCCCUCAUCCUACUCCAUCUAACAAUCGGCCACUUCAACCUAACAAUCAAAGACUGGCUAAUCAUCGCGAUGCAUCGCAAAAGCAUUCGGAGGAAAGAAAAAAAACAUUAGCUCUUUAAUCCACGCUGCCGUACUCCUGACUCCAUCUCAGCGGUUAGACUUCCAUCCUGUAAUAUGCGGUAACAAGAAGUUAAACAUGAACCAAAAUGGUAUUAAAUGUGAGCUGUCGACCGGGUUCGUGGCGGCGCCGGACACAUAGACAUGCGCUGUAAAUGUUACCGUCACUCCAGACCAUCUGGAGUACUGGUCCUGGGUCUCUUCGUUUGCUGUCCUGCUUUUAGUGUUCUCACCUACAUGCAGCUCCGUCUGAACCAAUGGCGACAGUGAAUCAUGGUAGUUAGAGCCGUUCUUCUCACUAGUGAAUCAGUGGAACGUGUUGUUUUUAAGCUUUAAAAUACCACUUGUAGAAAGUUUCAAUUUGUGUUCUCGUGAAAGGACUCGACUUCUCUUCACUCAUCAAGCACUUUGAUUGGCGUUUUGCUAAUUUUGCACUUGCACCGAGGAAUACUGAAUUAGCAGAAACGACUGCACCUUAUUGUGAGAUGGCACGAGCCUCUUUGCAACAUUAAACAUCUUUCAACCAAA